UAUAAUAUACACACAUAUAUUAUUAUAUAUAACCAUAAUAUAUGUGUGUGUAUAUAAACAUAACCCUGAGGUGAGUCCAGCAGGGUAGAAUCUGUUAUAGAAGUAGACCUCAUAGAACAUGAUGAUGAUGUUUAGACUGUUCGUGGUUUCACUCUCAUGCUCGCGCGUGCACGCGGCUGGUCCACACGCGGUAUUUAUCAGCAGAGGUUUUGCACAAAUCUCGCAUGCAGAUUGUGUUUAAGUGCAUGUAGGCGGUUCCACUGUGCGUGCACGUGUCCGUGCGCGCGAGGCUCCCAGGCUCCGUGGGAAAGCUCCGGUCACAAGGCCGGUCUGGAGCCGACCCACGACCCCCUGCCGGACCCUCCCGCGGCCCCCCGCUGCCCGAGGACUCAAGUUAGGAAACGGAUCCGAAAGUUCUACGUGGAUUUUACAAAAACUCUUUGAUCUCCUUCGAUAAUCAUUCAUAUCGAUCCACGCGUCCUCCCGGGCGCACGCGCCCCGCCGCCCGCGCGCCAUGAAGCGGCCGCGCGAGGACCGCGCGCCGGGGACCGGUCCUCCAGGGCACACAAAGGCGUCCUUCAUAAGAUGUGCAUCGCCGCCCUCGACCCCUCAAGUGAUGGCGAGGAAGAGGCGCCGAGGGGUCAUCGAGAAGAGGCGCAGAGACCGGAUCAACAGCAGCCUGCUGGAGCUCCGCGGCCUCGUCCCCCAGCAGGGUUCGGCUAAACUGGAGAAGGCUGAGAUCCUGCAGAUGACUGUGGACCAUCUGAAGGUGCUGCAGGCCACCGGAGGGAAAGCAGGUCACGUGGACGCCCGUCCUCUGGCCCUGGACUUCCUGUCUGUGGGGUUCAGGGAGUGCGUGACGGAGGUCUCCCGCUACCUGAGCGCCGUGGAGGGCGUGGCCUCGGGCGACCCUCUGCGCUGCCGCCUCAUCUCCCAUCUGGCCUACUGCUGCUCGCAGCGGGACGCCGCCGCACUCGCCAUCGCCUCCCGUUUUCCACUUCAGCAGCACCACCCGCUGCCCCACCCCGUCCACCCCGUCCACUGGGCGUUUGGACCCCUACCGUCCUACACGCCGAGCGCUUCUCCCGUGUCCCCCGACUCCGGCGGGGGACGAGCCCCCCAGAGGCCGGGGGAGUUGGUACAGCGGGUGGCCUCCUCCUUCUCCACCCAAGCAGACUCCACCUCCUCACCUCCCUCGUCCCUCACGCUGCCAUGCGCCCCUCUGUCAGCCCCCCUCCUCCACGGGGGUUACCCCAUCAUCCCUCCCUGCUCCUCCUCCUCCUCCUCCUCCUCCUCCUCUCUCAGCAGCAAACCCUUCAGACCGUGGGGAGCCGAGGUCGGAGCUUUCUGACGCCCUUUGACCUCCAGUCAAGUUUAAACUGCCUUUACAUUUUUAAUUUGUACCAAUAUUCUCUGAAGUGUUUCACAAAGUUCAACUGGUUCUUCUCUGAGAUUUAAAACCUGUUUUCACUGGAAACUGUUGUGAAAGUAAGAAGCUGAACGAACAACGAGGAAGAAACUGAGUAUUUAACGUUUGGUGUGUUCCAUCUUUUUGUCUUCAUCUCUUGUUCAUUAAUCCGCCACAGAAAUUAGUCCCAACGUGAGCCACCCCCCCGUCCUCAGUGGGACCCGAUGAGACAGACCCCAGAGACUGAAGAACCCCCUUUAAAACCUUUGGACAGGAUCCCAUGUCCAACCGGACGGAGGAGACCAGUACAAGUCCCCCUUUCUCCCUGGUUCUAACUGCUUCUUACUGGUUCUUAUUGGUUCUAACUGUUUUUUAAUGGUUCUUACUGGUUCUUAUUGGUUCUAACUGGUUUUUAAUGGUUCUUACUGGUUCUUAUUGGUUCUAACUGUUUUUUAAUGGUUCUUACUGGUUCUUAUUGGUUCUAACAGGAUUUUAAUGGUUAUUAUUGGUUCUAACUGCUUCUUACUGGUUCUUAUUGGUUCUAACUGGUUUUUAAUGGUUCUUACUGGUUCUUAUUGGUUCUAACUGGUUUUUAAUGGUUAUUAUUGGUUCUAACUGCUUCUUACUGGUUCUUAUUGGUUCUAACUGGUUUUUAAUGGUUAUUAUUGGUUCUAGCUGGUUCUUACUGGUUCUAGCUGGUUCUUACUGGCUAAAGGGGGUCAUGUUGGGACUCUGAUCCCAAUGAAUAUCUUCCCACGAAUAAAAACCUCUUAACAAUU